GAUCCCCACGCCAAGGCACAGCAAAUGUCCAACAGCAGCUCCAUCAGCCACUUCCUCCUGCUGGCAUUGGCAGACACGCGGCAGCUGCAGCUCCUGCACUUCUGCCUCUUGCUGGGCAUCUCCCUGGCUGCCCUCCUGGGCAAUGGCCUCAUCAUCAGCGCCGUAGCCUGUGGCCACCACCUGCACAUGCCCAUGUUCUUCUUCCUACUCAACCUGGCCAUCAGCGACCUGGGCUCCAUCUGCACCACUGUCCCUAAAGCCAUGCACAAUUCCCUCUGGGACACCAGGAACAUCUCCUACUCAGGAUGUGCUGCUCAGCUCUUUUUCUUUCUGUUCUUCAUUGGAGCUGCGUACUAUCUCCUGACCAUCAUGUGCUAUGACCGCUAUGUGUCCAUCUGCAAACCCCUGCACUACGGGACCCUCCUGGGCAGCAGAGCUUGUGCCCACAUGGCAGCAGCUGCCUGGGCCAGUGCCUUUCUCAAUGCUCUCAUUCACACCGCCAGUACAUUUUCCCUGCCCCUGUGCCAUGGCAAUGCCCUGAGGCAGUUCUUUUGUGCAAUCCCACAGAUCCUCAAGCUCUCCUGCUCUAAAUCCUACCUCAGGGAACUUGGGUUUCUUGCUGUUACUGCCUGUUUAUCAUUUGGUUGUUUUGUAUUCAUUGUUUUCUCCUAUGUGCAGAUUUUCAGGGCUGUGCUAAGGAUCCCCUCUGAACAGGGACGGCAUAAAGCCUUUUCCACCUGCCUCCCUCACUUAGCUGUUCUCACCCUGUUCAUUAGCACUAGCAUGUUUGCUCACCUGAGGCCCCCCUCCAUGUCCUCCCCAUCCCUGGAUCUGGCCCUGUCAGUUCUGUACUCGGUUGUGCCUCCAGCCGUGAACCCUCUCAUCUACAGCCUGAGGAACCAGGUGCUCAAGGCUGCAGUGUGGACACUGAUGACUGGAUGCUUUCAGAAACAUUAA